GUGUUUAAGCACUGGCACGUUUUUAUUGUAGCUUGUCUCUUGUCACAAGCACGAAAAAGCCCCUUUUGUAUUUUUUUAGCAACAGUUUCUGUAACACUACGUGCCAAAUCUCGAGCUUUUCGUGUGCUUGAGUUAGUCAGUUGGUACUUUUUUGACAUGUCGGUAUAAACCAAACCAAACAUUUCCUAAAAUUCAUUUAAAAUGAGUGAAAAUUCGCAAAAAGUUGAAGACACGCCCGAUUCGCCCAGCUUUGAGAAGCGCGGGGGGCGUUUCCGGCGCCGUGGGGGCCCCGGCCGGUUCAAUAACCCCCGAGGGCGCAGACCCUACAACCGGCAGCCGCCGCGCGAAGACGGCGAUGAGGCGCCCCCGCAAGACCGCUUCCACGACAUUUGCGCCGAAAAGCUGGCGCAAAUCGCGGGGCCCACGGUGGACUUGCCCCCUGUGGAAACCUCCGAAAAGAAAUUCUCGGGACGUAAUCGGCUCUACAUCGGCAAUUUGGGGCCCGAAGUGACCGAGGAUGACUUGAAGGAGCUGUUCGGGAAGUACGGCGAGUUCGGCGAGUUGUUUCUGAAUAAGGAGAAGUUUUUUGCGUUCGUAAAAUACGAUUUUUACGCCAACUGCGAGAAGGCCAAGAAUGAGUUGGAUGGAGAGGUUUUGAAGGGUAAGACUUUGAAGAUUCGGUUUGCGCCGAACAGUGCGGCGGUUAGGGUGAAGAACUUGGCCCCUUUUGUCUCAAACGAGCUGCUUUACUACGCCUUUCAAGUGUUUGGGGAGGUCGAGCGUGCCUUGGUGCUCGUGGACGAACGGGGGAAGCCCACCGGCGAAGGUGUCGUCGAGUUUGGCCGAAAGGGCUUCGCUUUAAACGCGAUUCGCAAAUGCACCGAACGCUGUUUUUUCAUUACGGAGUCUCUGAGACCGGUCGUAGUGGAGCCCCACGAGUCCACAAACGACACGGACGGUCUACCGGAGAAAUUCCUCCCGCGGCGCAACCCCGACUUUCUCAAGGCCCGCAGCAAGGGCCCCCGCCUAUCCGAGCCCAACACGUUCGAGCACGAAUACGGGCUUCGCUGGAAGCAGCUUUUGGACUUGUACGCCAAGAAGGAGGCGGCCUUGAAGAAAGACCUCCAAAUGGACAUGGAGAAGUUGGAGGCGCAGAUGGAGUACGCGCGGCACGAGCACGAGACUGAGCUUUUGCGGGAGGAGUUGCGGGCGCGGGAGAUGGACCGCGACCGCCAGAAGCAGGAAUGGGAGAUGAAGCAGCGGCAGAUGGAGGAGGAGCGGCGCAGGAGUGAGGAGCAGAUCAGGAGGCAGCAGGAGUCGCUCCAAGCCAUCUUGCUGCACCAGGAUGAGGAAAUGAAGAGGAGGCAACAGGAGAAUAACUUGUUCAUGCAAGCGCACCAGUUGCACAGCAUCCUAGAUGAGCAAGAGCAGGCAUUCCAAAGCCCCCAAGUUGACGGGGUUGAGGCGAAGGACGACAAUGUGCCACAAACGAGCAAUUUGUUCAGGCGUGGGGAUAGGUGGAUUAGUGACCGGCGCGAUUUCGCCCCGAAACGACGCCGAUUUUAGAUUAAGUCGCAAAAAUUAUUAUUUUCGUUUUGUGUUUCGUCUCUUUUUUGUGUGUGUUGACACUGAAUAAAAUUGAUUUAAAUGAAA